UUCAAUGUGGCCCCGUAUUCUCCCUCCUUUUCGUAAUGUUUAGCCCUUUUUUUCCGCUUUGAUGAUGCCCCGGCACGAUGGCGACAGCAUCGUUUUCCCGCACCGUCCCGCCACCCGGGGGAGCUGAUACCUGUGGCUUCAAGCCGUUUCCAGUAACAUCACUCAGUUCUCCUGCAGACGGGGCUCUCCCGCUGCGGUGUUCGGAUCCCCUCAUGACAUGCAGCACCUCCGGGUCCUACAAAGGAUGUCUCUCGACGAUCCCCACAACGUGCUACGAGACCUCCACGUUGGCGAGGUCGUGCGAGCCUGACGAGUUGUGCUGUGGGACGGGGUUCGACACGGCGUGCUGGACCUGGUUCUCGAUGGAAGACACCCGCACGUUCACUCUCUUCACAUGCAGCACCGUUUCCGGGGUGGGGAUUCUGAUGCCGGACUCGACGAUUGCGACACCUAGCCCCGGGACGGACCCUUCGAGCCCGACUGACCUUCCUGGAACAAACAUGGAUGCCGCUGCGACUGCUGCCUCGAAUGGCACCAACUCAACCGCAACCGGCGCCUCUGCUGCCGCGGAAACUAAUCCCACCGCAACGGGUCCUACGUCCCGGACACCAGAAGGCGGCGUAGGUGUCUCUAUUGGUGUCAUUGUGGGGACCACCAUCGGAGCGUUGGCAUUGGUGGGCAUGAUACUGGGUAUCGCCUUGUUCAUAUGGAUUCGGUCCAGAAAGGAGAAGAAGAAGAAGCGAGACGCCGCUAAGCCGGAACCAAUCAGCCCAGUGACUGGGCCGGAUGGCAUAAUAAUGGGCCCGUUUUGUUCGGGCGGGAGAGAGUCCGCCCCGCCGUCGUACGACGGACGACCAUCGGAGGGGGCUGGGGAGGCUAAGAGCCCGUCUCCUAGGAGCCCACCUACUAAGAGCCCACCCCCUAGGAGCCCACCCACUAAGAGCCUGCCUCCUAGGAGCCCGCCUCCUAAGAACCCUCCUCCUCAGAGUCCGCCGACUAAGAACCCUCCUCCUAAGAGCCCGCCUACUAAGAACCCUCCUCCUAGGAGCCCGCCUACUAAGAACCCUCCUCCUAGGAGCCCACCUACUAAGAGCCCGCCUCCUAAGAACCCUCCUCCUAGGAGCCCGCCUACUAAGAACCCUCCUCCUAGGAGCCCACCUCCUAGAAGACCGGACAGGAGUCCAGAGAGGAAGAUCAAUGUGACCGAGGGCGGUUGGCUCUAAGGGAGCGGGGCAGGCACUUCCACCCGCCGCCCGUUCACGGCCAUCGAUCUGGCUUAGGAGGCGGUCAGAAGGCGCUAGACGAGAGUGGGUAUCGCAGUAUUGUACAACAGAGUCUUACUAUAUAAUUUGAUGACUAUUCUCUUACAGCCUCUCUGGUUGUCUUGGCAUAAUA